UCCUCCACACGGUUCCUCGACGCGCCGCUCACACAGGACUAACCUUCUUAAACUUUACCGUGUAAAUGAGUAUUUGUACUCCACAGCUCAGCGUUGUUCGACGUUAAUUCCAGUUUACUGGUUUGUCUUUACCAGUCCACUGCGCCAUGGCAGCGGUGAAAGCUCUUCAGCAGUGGUGUAAAAUCCAGUGUGAGGGAUACAGGGAUGUAGCCAUUACCAACAUGACCACGUCCUUCAGAGACGGACUGGCGUUCUGCGCCCUCAUUCACAAAUACAGACCGGAUUUAAUAGACUUUGACUCCUUGAGCAAAGAAAAUAUUUAUGAGAACAACCACCUGGCCUUUAGAGUGGCAGAAGAGGAGCUGGGCAUCCCUGCUCUGUUGGACGCAGAAGACAUGGUGGCUCUCAGAGUACCAGAUCGACUCAGUAUCCUCACUUACGUCUCCCAGUAUUACAACUACUUUCAUGGCCGCUCUCCAAUUGGUGGAAUGGCAGGUAUCAAGAGGCCAGCUGAAGAGUCUAUUAAUCAGGAAUCGAAAAAGAAGAACCAACCUGAUCCGGAAUCAGGGAAGAAAAACCAACCGGUCACAGCUAAAGUAUUUGGCGUACCUAAAGCAGAUAUGGGAACCAAGAAUGAGGUCUUGGUUGAGCGGUCCAAUAGAUCGAGCACAUUAAGCAGUAGCUGCAGUGUCUGCAACAACCACGUCCACCUCGUUCAGCGCCACUUAGUGGAUGGAAAACUUUAUCACAGAAACUGUUUCAGGUGCAACGAGUGCUCCAACAUUCUUCUCUCUGGUACCUACAAACCAGGAAAAAUGCCCAAUACUUUUGUCUGCAAGUCCCACUAUAAUACACAAAAGUUUCCAGCUACCCAAACCACCCAGAUCACACCACCAGCUCGCAGUGUCCAAACUGUGCCAUCUGUCAGUUUAACUCCUGCCUCAAGACCUGCAGACAAUGUCAGAUUUACACCAUCUCUUAAUGUCUCGACUCCUGCCUCCAAACCUGCAGACAAUGCCCGAUCUACACCAUCUUUCAGCAUCUCAACUCCUGCAUCCAAACCUGCAGACAAUGUCCGAUUUACACCAUCUCUCAGCACCUCAACUCCUGCUUCCAAACCUGCAGACAAUGUCCGAUCUACACCAUCUCUCAGCACCUCAACUCCUGCUUCCAAACCUGCAGACAAUGUCCGAUCUACACCAUCUCUCAGCACCUCAACUCCUGCUUCCAAACCUGCAGACAAUGUCCGAUUUACACCAUCUCUCAGCAUGUCAACUCCUGCCUCCAAACCUGCAGACAAUGUCCGAUCUACACCAACCAUCACCAUCUCAAAUUCAGCCCCCAAACCUGCAGACAGUGACCGAUCUACACCAUCUUUCAGCAUCUCAACUCCUGCUUCCAAACCUGCAGACAAUGUCCGAUCUACACCAUCUUUCAGCAUCUCAACUCCUGCUUCCAAACCUGCAGACAAUGUACGGUCUACAUCAUCUCUCAGCAUCUCAAAUUCAGCCUUCAAACCUUUAAGCAAUAUCCAAUCUACACCAACCACCACCAUCUCAAAUUCAGCCCCAAAGCCAGUGUCCAGUCUUGGAAAAGAACCUACACUGUCUACAUUAAGCUCUCAUUGGUUGCUUGGUAAGAAGGAAGGCUCAUUUACUCCAAAACCGGCCCCUCGUUACAAACUGGCACCAUCACAUUCAGAGACCAAGACUGUGAAAAGUCCAGCAGACCAGAAAGUGCUAUCAGAUACGUCUAAAGGCCCCAGUAGCACAGUUCUGCGGAACCAGGAGGCCAGACAGCGAUUCUUUGAGACCAGCAGUGAUCCUGUGAGCACUGGGCCAGACACUAAAAGCAGCACAGCAAGUCCGGCUGCUGGGAGUGCAGGAGCUGGCAGAGGUGCUGGUAAAGGCAGGGUUGCACUCAGAGUGGGAGACUGUGCAAAGGAGAAUAAUAAAGAAAAAGAGAAUGAUAAAGAGAAGGACAAGGCCAAGUCUGUCAUUAGCAAGUUUGUGACUGAUGAAAAAAGCCAAAGCGGCAGCCCUGCAGGACGAUUCGGUGGGCUGAGAACUAAUGCCAGUACCAAUGUUUCGCCUGUGGACGGUGCCAACAAAGGCCACACCAGAGUGCUGCUCAAACCACUGGACAUAGAUGUGGAACUGAAUGUGUCUCCCACUUCAAACAAAACAGCAGGCUGGCUCAAAACCAAAGAUCAAACCCUCAGUUAUACACAGCCAGCCGGCAACAAAGAAACUGCUGCACCUACUGACUGGAGAGCCAUGCUCAAACCUGUGAGCAAGGGUUCAAAAUGGUCUGUCUCUCAUACACCCUUUACGUUUGCUAAUUUCCAUGUAAACCUUCCCUGCCAAUUCCCAUCUUUCUCCUGUCCUUUUUGUCCCCUUCACCUCAUUAGAAGUGCUGAAAGCUCCAAGGACUCGACACAGACCAGCAUACAAAAUAAAACAUCUGAGACGUUGCCUCGGCCCUGGGAGUCCAACGCAAGCAGCAGCAGCUCCAAGUCGCCCUCCACCAGCUCGCUUGAAGACAGCACUGCACCCUAUAGAAAAGAUGGAGAGAGUCAAAAAUACUCCAACACAGGCAGCGAUUUAUCGCACAGUGGAUAUUCUUCAGCGACAAAGCCACAGGAGCUCUCCAAGUCGAAUCCUGAUUACAUUCCCAGAGAAGAGAUUCUUCAGGAGCUAAAAGAGAUUGAAAGAAAUCUGGAUGAGCUGGAGAAGCAAGGCGUGGAGCUGGAGAAACGGCUCAGGCAGUGUGAGGAGGCGGAGGAAGAGGAUGUGUUAACCAACGACUUAAUGGUAGACUGGUUCAACCUGAUCCGAAGCAAGCAGGUGUACAUCCGACGAGAAUCUGAGCUGGUCUAUAUUGGGAAGUCGCAGGACCUGGAGGAGGAGCAGCCAAAUGUUGAGGCAGAACUUCGGAAGCUGUUAGAAAAACCAGAUCACUUGAAGACACCCAGAGAUCGCAAGCGAGAGGAGGAGCUGAUGGCAAAACUUGUGGAAAUAGUCAACGACCGAAACGCUAUUGUGGACGGACUUGACGAGGACCGACUGAGGGAGGACGAGGAGGAUGAGCAGCUAAAGAAGAUGCUGCAAGACCUUGAUAUAAAGAAAGAAAAAAAGAAAAGAUCUAUAUCCAGGUUCUUCAGUCGGAAGAGUAAGCACGAGUCUGGGGAAAACUGAGAGAAAGAUGGUGGAGGAAUUUAUUGUAGGUUUUAUUCAGUUCGGAUUAUCCUGGGAUAUUUAUAUAGCUGAAUAAUAGAUUGAAAAGGUUUUUUUGUGUUGUCAAGACCUGCCAUCAUAUUAAUUUGACAACCUUUAGAUUUGUUAAGUAUUUUUCCUUAUAAUUAAUGUGUAUAUGUACAGACGUCCAUGGUUAAGAUUUUGAUCAUUGGCUUUUAAUGUUUGUAUAAACUUUGUGUAGCACAGUGUGCAGAUAAAUUGUAUUGAUUCAUAUUGAAUCAUUCAAUCUUUAGAAUGGUUGGUUCAGUCCAACACUUUACUCUGUUAAUUCAGUAUAUUCACAAUACAAGGACAAAAAGUAUGUGCACCUCUUAGCUAAUUAUUUAACUCCAGGUUUUUUGGCCACACAUUUAUAUUGCACGGUGCCCUGUGCCUUGUCGGGGUAAAUGGAAUGUCGAUUAUAAGUCAAGCCCCUUCAGUGCCUGACCCUAAUUAUGCUAUUUAUGGGUGUGUAUUCUCACAGACACACUCCAAAUGAUGUCCAAAAAGUUCGUGGUCAGUUGUCCACAUACUUUUGCCAAAUAGUGUAUUUUAUUGUUUUGUGCUUUUUAGGAAAAAAUGGAUUCUGCCAAGAUGCACUUUUUAGAGAAUUUCAUGGACGAUCUGUUGUAGUUAUAGAGUGUGACCGGCAGGUGGCAGCAUUUAUCUAGUGGUCUUAAGUCCGUUUAAAAUGAGACACAUUUUAACUUGCAUUAAAUGCGCACAUGGUAAACAUUGCAUUACACAUUAGUCAAAAGUUUAGCUACACUUGGGCAGUGGUAGCUCAGUGGUUGACUGUAACAGCAUAAGCCGUGCUCUAGCAGCUUUCUUUGCAUAGAUAGCAGUCCGGACAAAUUUGCUCCCAGCAUCAGGUGACAAUUUGUUUCUAUUUUCUUGACAUUUACUAAAUAAACAUCAUCCGUCAUUUUAAAAUGUGCAAGCAAACUAGCCCUGUUUAUGUGUAUGUAGAAAGUCACCAGCAUUAAUCAAUCAUAAUAAAUAACACUAAAUUAGGAGAGCAGACCACAAAGUUAAAUUAAAUUAUAGAUGUACACCAACAAGUUAAUAAUCAAAGUUGCUGUGUGGAUUUUUUAAUUUUUUUAAACCAACAUCAUUUAGUCACCGAAAAUAAAGAUAGCAGAUAUUACCAACAUCCCAAAACAUAUGUAUUCCUUACAAGUGUUGAUAAAUUGUAUUUUACGAACAAGUGUAGAAUAUGUAGAUUAUUUAAUUUUAUUCCCCCAUCAACAGUAUUUUGGUUAUAUGUGCAUAUUAAGUGCAAAUUAAGUGUGACGUUCCCUGUAGACAAAAGCAUUGUUUUUAAAAGAUUCAUUUGUUACCUGGAACCUUUUUGCAUUUUAAAUGUGUUUUCUAC